CACAGGGCACCAUGGAAGCCCCAGCGCAGCUUCUCUGCCUCCUGCUGCUCUGGCUCCCAGGUUCCUCUGGAGAAAUUGUGAUGACCCAGUCUCCAGCCUCCCUAUCAUUGUCUCCAGGAGAAAGGGCCACGAUCUCCUGCAGGGCCAGUCAGAGUGUUAGCAACUACAUGGCCUGGUACCAGCAGAAACCUGGGCAGGCUCCCAGGCGCCUCAUCUAUGCUGCAUCCAGCAGGCCCGAUGGCAUCCCAGCCCGCUUCAGCGGCAGCGGGUCUGGGACAGACUUCAAGCUCACCAUCAGCAGCCUGGAGCCUGAGGAUGCCGCCACUUACUACUGUCAGCAGUAUUAUAGUUCCCCUCCCACACACUUUGGCGUCUCACUCAGUGGAUCCAGCACCUGGUCCUUCACUGUGACGAAUAUCCAGUCUGAAGACCGGUCCCAGAUGGAAGCCCCAGCGCAGCUUCUCUGCCUCCUGCUGUUCUGGCUCCCUGGCUCCUCUGGAGAAAUUGUCCUGACACAGUCUCCAGCCUCACUAUCAUUGUCUCCAGGAGAAAAGGCCACGAUCUCCUGCAGGGCCAGUCAGAGUGUUAGCAGUUACAUGGCCUGGUACCAGCAAAAACCUGGGCAGACUCCCAGGCUCCUCAUCUAUGAUGCAUCCAACAGGCUCAAUGGCAUCCCAGCCCGCUUCAGCGGCAGCGGGUCUGGGACAGACUUCACGCUCACCAUCAGCAGCCUGGAGCCUGAGGAUGCCGCCACUUACUACUGUCAGCAGUGGAGUACUUGGUCUCCCACAGUGACACAGACCUGA